AACUGGCUGUGUACAGGGAGGGAGGGACGAAGGUGCAGGUCAGUGACAGUCUCUUCAGUCUGCCUUGAGCCGUGAGAGGGAGAGGAUCGUUGUCUGUUGCCUCUGAGUCUCUUCACGUUUUCUGUUCGCUCAGGAUUGAAGAUUGAUAGAAAGGAGUGAUGGGCAGUCCUUUAGGUAGCGAGGAGGCGGGGGCGGUGCUGGGGCCGGAUCAGUACGUGUGCACGCUGCCCGCUGAGGUGUGCAAGCUGGCGGAAACCCACUUGAAGGAGGAGGAACAGGCGAGGACGUCAGCGAUUGUUCAGAUGCGUAAUUUCAUCUCCAGUCACCCCUUGAUUACCAAAUGCAGGAUGGAUGGCAACUUUCUUCUGCGGUUCUUGAGGAUGAAGAAAUUCCGGGUGGAGGAGGCGCAGGAACAACUGGAGAAGUACUUGAGGAUGCGUCAGGAACACCCGCAGUGGUUCACGAAGCUGAAUAUUCUCGACCCCACGUUAGAUGAGCUCAUUUCAACGGGGUACUUUUUUGCACUGCCUGAGAGGGACGAGUCUGGCAGGCGGGUGUUCUUCAGUGUUGGUGGCAAGAUGGACCCCACCCGCUUCACAGCCUCAGACCAGAUGCGCUCUAUGCUGGUUGGUUUUGAGUCUUUGAUUGAGGAUGAGGAGAACCAAGUGCGUGGCUUCACCUACAUCUUUGACGAGAAGGAGCUGGGCCUCUCCAUCAUCACUCUUUGGACUCCCUCUGAUGUGUCCAAGGCCUUCCAGUGCUGUGAGAAAACCAUCCCCAUGAGGCACAAAGAGAUCCACAUUGUGAACCUGCCCACCGCACUCAUGGCCGUGUUUGAGUUUGCCAAGACGUUGCUCUCAGACAAGAUCAAAAACAGGUUCCAGAUGCACAGUGACAACAGCAAGCUGAGGCAAGCAGUGCCCUCCAGACUCCUUCCCAAAGAGUAUGGAGGCACUGUUCCCAUGGCCGACAUGAUCCAAAUGUACAAGAAGGAGCUGCUGUCAGUGAGGAGUCGUGUGUUGAUGCUGGACCAGAUGCACAUUGCCAAGAAGCCCAAGAACAAGAGGAUUGACAAAGCCCUCACUACAAUCCAGCGUAACUUUAAGAAGCUUGACAUUGAUUAAGGAACCUCAAGUGUUGCCACCCAAGAGAAGAAAGGUACAAGUAGAUUCUUGAGAUUCACAAAUACAGAACAAGUUGUAGAAGUUUGUACAUUAGAAGUAGCUUGAAGGAAUGACAUGGGAGAAUAGCUACAAAUGUGGAUCUUACAUGACAAGCAAGAUUUACAUAUGAACUGAGGAACCUGUAGCAGUGUAGAAGCAGCACUACACUGUCCAAAUAAUGAUGUCAUGUCAGGAAAGGCAAAGUUGUAGCCCCAUACUUUCCGCUACACUUAGAUUAAAGGUAACAGAAGUAGUACAAGGAACAUAACAAGAGCAUUAUGUGAAGAAAAGUUAAGAUGUAGCUCAUAAUGUCUGUCUUGCUUAGCGUGAAGGCAGCAGAGAUUCAUGUAUAGACUGACAGGAUGGUGUAAGUAUGAUAGUUAGAACACCACACAGUCUCCAUGUCAUACUCAAGGCAGAUCCCACCUAAAAGGGAGAGUGCCAUCCUCAGCCUCAGUGUGGCAGCAUUACAGGCCCCCUUGUGCACAGUUAGAGGCUACAGUAGUGUGCUCAUGUCCACCUCCUGAAGGCUGAUGAUAUGUGGUCUUUCAUAGAGUUAAUGAAGAGUGUCUUUGAAAUAUUCAGUAGUGUAUAAUUCAAUAUCCCAGUGCUACAAUAGAUUGGUUGAUUUUCUGAAGGCAGUAGUUGACCGCUCACUCACCAUGCUUCCCAAUAUGUGAUUCUUUUUAUGUGAACUGCAAGGAAUAUCUGUGACUCGGCUAGAUGUACAGUAUACAAAGACACAAAUGUGAACUGAAUCCAGGUAAAUUAAAAAGGAACUGCAUGUUUACUUAAUAAGUUCAUGAAAUUUGUAUUGACAUAAAUGUUAGUCUUUAGCAUUAAGAUAAGAAAUUUGCUUAUUCUCUGCCUUUUAUAAUGGAAGCUUAUAGAAGGUUUGGGCAUCAAAUUUAGACAUAGCUGAAGAAAUGCAUAAAAUUUUUCAGAAUGCAAAUGAAUGUAUGAUAUAUUUCUAAGUUAAACAAUUCUGGGAAACAUAUCAGAUAUAAAAACAGCUAAGGUAUGGUAAGUUUUACUCUGUAGUUUGAGAAUUAACUAUGAUGUGUAAGAGCAAAGCUGGGAUUGUUUUUCCCAAGCACAAUGAUAAUGACAAGGUAAAAAGAAACUAGAUUUAUUUGAAUUAGGAAUUAUCUCAGAAUCAGAGAUUUUAGAUUACCUCUUUAUGUUUCUGAUGCUUCACACACCAGAUAAUGUCCCUCAAGGGGGUAUUCAAAAGAGAAGAGCAUUCACUUCUCCCUAUCUAAACAGUGGCUAUCUUACAAAUUAUAUAUAAAAAAAAGUUCAUGUUAAAGAAUAUCUACACUAAGUAAUCAAUUAUAAAUCACAUAAGUCCCAAGAGGAUGAAUAUUAAGUACACAGAAGUUAGUGUAAGGCGUCAAUAAUUCCUGUGGUGUACAGCGGCUGCCAGCAUGGUGGCUGCACCUCAAUGAACUCUAGUCAUACAUUAGGAGUUCUUCCCAUCCUUCGUAAGGCUCGCCAGGGUACAGCACUCAAUACACACACAACUCACUCCAGGUUGUGUCAUCGCCCUGUACCACAUGUGCUAGUGUGUCACCCCUGUGUAGACUAUUUAUUGCUCUAGUGAAGUGUUGCUGUGUAUACGUUUGUUUUCCACGACCGUGAUGGUUUGGAAGGUUAAUGUAUGUGUGUAUGCAUAUGCGUGUGUGUUGACAGUACUGUUGUAAUAAAUUAUCCGAUUUAU